AUGAAAGUUAAACCAGUAUAUUGGAAGGAUAUUGGUGGAAUGAAAGAAAUAAAAGAAAGACUACAAAUGUGUAUAGAAAGGCCUCUACGCAAUCCCAAAAUAUUCAAGAAAGUCAACUUGCCUUGUCCUCGUGGCAUUCUUCUGUUUGGUCCACCGGGAUGCUGCAAAACUACUUUGGCUCGAGGACUUGCUACAGCAUGUGACGCUAACUUUUUUGUGGCAAAUCCGGCUCAGAUAUAUUCAGCCUUUGUUGGUGAAUCAGAGAAAAACAUCACAGAAUUAUUCUAUCAAGCUAGAUUAUGUGCACCAAGCAUUAUAUUUCUAGACGAGUUGGACUGUUUGGUAGUGAAACGUCAAUUUGAUACCAAAUCACAGGGCAUUGGAGAAAAGGUCCUGUCAACUUUGUUGAAUGAAAUGGAUGGUUUUGGCACAAGAACAGAAUUUCAAAAGAAUUUAAAAUGGCAAACAUUGCUGAAUUGUGAUGAAUACUUAGAAGAAGAAAUGCCUCAGAGUGAUCAAGUAAUUGUAGUAGCUGCCACAAACAGACCAGAUCUAAUUGACGACGCCUUGUUAAGACCUGGACGUUUUGAUGUAGUUUUGUAUGUUCCUGCUCCAAAUUUUGAGGAAAGGGAAUCUAUUCUACAUGCUUUGACCAGUAAAAUGCCAAUUUCAAAAGUGGAUUUCAGGAAACUGGCAGAAGAAACUCAACUCUUCUCUGGAGCAGAUUUGAAAAAUCUAUGCAAUAAGGCUGCUAUGAAUGCUCUCAGAAAAAACAUGAAUGCUGAGUUCAUUACUGAAGAAAAUUUUGAAGAAGCUUUGAAAAACUCUCAGCCAUCCAUUACAAGAAAACAAGUUGACAAGUAUGAAAGAUUAGCAAGCAAGUAUGGACCCGUCAUAACACAAAGAUAACAUUCAUCAGCUUUGUGUUGAUAUAAGUAUGCAUUAUGAUUUUUAUUUUGUAACCAUGUCUAAUCUUGUUUAUCCAGCCCCCAUUUAUCUGGAUCAAAUUUGUAAAGUUGUUAAAAGUUUUAUAUUUACAUAAAUAAUAAUUUUAAAUUGUGGUAGCUGAA